AUGAUCACCCGCCUCUUGAUCGCCUCAAAGUUACUCUCUCUAACAGUAAGGCUAUUCUACCCGGAGUUUGAGCUGCUCGGAAACAAGAGGAAGGCACCGCCGGUGGUGGAUCAUUACUGUGAUCAUCCGCCUCUCAAUCCCUGGGAACUUACUCUCCCUGACAGACUAUUCUACUCGGGGUUUGAGCUGCUUCGAAACAAGAGGAAGGCACCAGAGGCGGUGGAUCAUUACUGUGAUCAUCCUGCUUUCAAACGCCGUAAACUUGCUAAGAAGGCAGGGGACUCUCCUCUCAGCGAGAACGGGAUGAUGGUGGUGGAAGUGAUCAAGCGGCAUCCACCUGACUUCGCCAACAUGAUCCAAGACUAUCAUGGCGUGAGACCGACGCUGGCUCACUACGACUGCCUGGCGGAUCCCAUGCGCCGGACGGGGCUGUUCGGCCAGGCCGUGGAGCUCAUCGACACCAUGCCUUUUGAACCGGACUUGGACGACGCUCCUGGUGGCGUGCCAGACUCUCUCGACUCUAGAUACGACAAGGCAAAGGCAGGACCGGCUCAACGUCUCGCUCAACUCGAUCGGCGGUGCUCCAUCGAGACCAGGGAUCAUAUCCAAGCGUGGGAGAUGGCACAUUCUUAUGCUGCCGCCAGGAGCUCCACAGGCUAAACAUCGAGCUGACCAUCGAGCGGGGGUGCAAGGUGGACGUGCUGCCGGGGCUUGUGAACAAGGUGCCAGGCACGACCAUCCAGGCCGUCAGGAACCUCAAGGUUGACACCACUCUUCUCC